UGUCGGGGGUAAAGAGCAGUUGCCCAUAAAAAGCAGCUCUUUUCCGCGCAGUUUGCUCAGAUCGAGUAGGCUACGCUACAGACAUGGCUGAAGAAAACUUGGCACUUCGGGUUUUUCAGACCUUCGUUGGACUCGUAGGAAUCUGCGGCAAUGGUUUGGUGUGUGUGGUCAUCGCUAAGGUUCGCUUCAUGCACACCCUGACCAACGCCUUCAUCUUCAACCAAGCCCUGAUCGAUCUCCUCGGGUCGUUGCUCGUUUUGCUGAGCAGUCUCUUACCAAUCCCCGACCCGAUACCUCCCGGAGCGAGCGGAGUACUUCUCUGCAAGUUGUGGGUGUCCAACUUUUUCAUAUGGGGACUGUUCAUUGCUUCAACUUUCAAUCUAGCGGCAGUGACUCUGGAGAGGUACCUAGCCAUAGUGUUCCCCUUCAGGUACCAAUUGUUGGCCACUCGUAAGAAAGCCAUAGCCGUCAUUCUCGGCGUCUGGAUCUCAGCCUUUCUUUUCAACAGCUACGGUCAGUUCAUUUAUUACUACGAAGCCGGUCAGUGCAAAUCGAAGCUAGUGGCCCAUCCGCAAGCUCUUGGUGUGGCCGUGUUCGUCGUGACGUACUUCAUUCCCGUUAUCAUCAUGCUGAUCGCCUACGUCCACAUCGCGGUGAUUCUCAAAAAAGGAGCUGGCAGAAUUCAGCCCGGACCGGAGGCUGCCGGUCCGUCUACCGGUCAAGCUCCCGAGGGCCAGGGGGAGUCGCUGAUGCGUGCUCGCCGUAACACCUUCAAGACCCUUAUAAUCGUCUGCGUGGCGUUCACUGUGUGCUGGACGCCUAACGAGGUCAUCUUCUUCCUCUUCAACCUUGGCGUGGCAGUGGACUUCACCUCUGUCGUCUACAUCGUGUCGGUUGCAUUUGUUGCUUCAAAUAGUUGCCUGAACCCGUUCAUAUACGCCAUCAAGUACAAGCAGUUCCGGAAGGCCCUGAGAACUCUCUUCGGUAGAAGUGGGGAGACAUUGCAGCCAGUGACCUCAGUUAGCAAAGACUGCGCCUAGUGCAUAAUAGGAUGCAUUGUUUGGAUGUACGAAUUAUCACUGAGACUUUUUCUGUAUAUAAAGUAAGAUU